AUGGAGCAGCACACCUUCCGCCGACGCGGACUCGGCCUCCGGGGCGUCGACUCCAACCGCGUCGCUCCGGGCUAUGUCCUCUACGCCCCUCUGACCUCAAACACCGCACACCUCGUCUCGACAUCCGGAGAGGAGGUUCACAAAUGGACGCUCCCUCGCCGCGCGGGUCGACAUGCUCGUAUCUUGCCUAACGGGAACCUCGCAUACAAUGCCGCGCACCCGGCCUCGCCGAACCUCUUCCCCAUGUGGAAGAAGUACUGCGGCGGGGUGAUGAUGCAGGUUGACCCCGAGGGAAACAUCGUACGGAAAUACGAGGAUCCGCAUGCGCACCAUGACCAGAAUCAUCUUGAUGAUGGGACGCUCCUGUACACGACCCUCGAACCAUUGAGUGACGAGGAAGCGGCACGCGUCCGCGGCGGAAUACCACGGAGCGAGGCGCCUGAUGGGAAAGUCUACGCGGACUGCAUCAAGCUCGUUGAUCCCUGGUCUACAUCGAACGAGUCCUCCUCGGCCGACUUCGAAGCCUCCGAUGCAGGAAAAGGCGUUGGCGGCGCGAAACUCCUCUGGUCCUGGCGCGCAAUCGACCAUCUGGACCUCACCAAAUUCACCCAGCACCAAGACUAUCCGCGCGAGCACUGGCCGCUGAUCAACAGCGUGUCGCUGGAUUCAAACGGGGACAUUAUUGCCUCGUCGCGCAACACCUCGUCCGUGUUUAUCAUCAGCCGCGCGACGGGCGAGGUCAUCUGGCACCUCACGGCACCGAUAGUGAACCAGCAACACUGCGCGCACGAAAUCAACCCGUCCACCGGCGACAUCCUCAUCCUCGACAACGGCGUCUUCCGCCCGGGUCUCGCCGUCCCCUUUUCGCGCGCGAUCAUCGUCUCCCGAACCACGAAACAGAUAACCUGGGAAUACAAGGAUACCACAACCGGCGGGCUAGGCUUCUUCACGCCGUUUAUGGGCUCUGCGCAGAAACUGAGAGGGAAGGAUGGGAACGUGCUCAUCGCCGAGGCCGCGACGGGACGCAUCUUCGAGGUUACGGUUGAUGGCGAUGUCGUUUGGGAGUUUGUGGUCCCGCAGGUGAAUGAUUAUAGUGGGUUUAUGAGUGGGGAGGAGCUGCGGGAGAUGGAGAAGAUUGGGUUCUCGUAUGCGAGUAAUGCGGUUUUUCGGGCGUACAAGUACUCUGAAGGGGAGGUGCCGUGGCUUGCAGAGAGGAUUAAGAGGAACUAA